AAUUAAUUUUAUUGAUAUGUUUCCUCAGGAAAAGAUUGAGAGAUUUAUAUAAUAGACAUGAUGGGAUUAAGUUAUAAAUGUUAUGAGGGAAUAAUAAAACCUGCAUGAAUGUUAAUUAAAAUGUCUCAAGACAAACCAUUGAAUGAUUUUAUGUAAAACAGUCGUGUGCUCAAUUCUUUUGAUACUGGAAGUCGAUUUUGUGUACUGGUUCUCAGACAUAUGGAUUAAGAAUUUCGUCUAAAUGAAAAAUAACUGAUAGAUCUUACAUAUAAGCAAAGAUAUCAAUGGACCAUAAUCCGGACGUGUACACUUAAAAUACGAUUAUAACAAAAAAUGGAAGCACUUAUCUACAAAACUGUUCAUUGAAAGCUGAGUAACAUAGACCCACUUCAGGAGGUGUAUAUUAACGUGUUCCGGAACGAUUAUGUAAGCAGAUUAUUGAGGAAAAAACGUGGAGAACUGUAAAAGUAUGACGUUUUGAAUUAACCUUUCUUGGUUUGUCUUUUAUGAUUUCAUGAUAUUUGGAAAUGAACGAUGUUAAAAUCACAGAUGUCACUGCAAUCGCCAGAGAUGAUGCUAAGAUUACAUGACAACGCAACAAAUAACAGUUUUGUUGUACACGAAACAACACAUACAUCUUUACAUGUGUUUUUAUUGGUGCUAAAAUCAACAGUGAUGACACUUAUCAUGUGCACUGCUGUAGCAGGGAACCUUUUAGUAAUUGGAAGUGUUGUUAAAUUCGAACGUCUUAGGUCACGUGUGACAAAUUACUUCAUCGUAUCUUUGGCCUUUGCUGAUAUUUUAGUUGCCGUGCUAGUGAUGCCAUUCAAUGCUAGUAUGGAAAUAAGUGAGAAAUGGAUAUUUGGUUCAUUCAUGUGUGACAUAUUUAAUUCGAAUGAUGUUUUAUUCAGCACAAGUUCUAUUUUACAUAUAUGUUGUAUAAGUAUGGAUCGGUAUAUAGCUAUCAUGAAACCUUUAAAAUAUGAAAGAAAAAUGACAAAAUUCCGAGCUUUGUCAAUGAUUGCCAUUACAUGGAUAGCUUCACUCUUGAUUUCAUAUAUACCAAUUCAUUCGCAACUCUAUACAACACACGAGAAUGCGCUUGUGUUGAAAAAUAACCCAAAUGCUUGCACUUUUGUUGUGAAUCGUUUAUAUGCUAUAAUAUCGUCCAGUGUUUCAUUUUGGAUACCAUGUACUAUAAUGGUGUUUGUUUACAUAAGGAUUUUUAUCGAAGCGAGGAAGCAAGAGAAACAUAUCCGGUCAGCUAGUGUUUGCUCAAACAAAUCAAAUGCCUUAUAUCCAGGUAGAAACUCUCGUGAUAUUUCUGACCGGAAGACUAUGAAAAGGGAGCAUAAAGCUGCAAAAACGCUUGGAAUAAUAAUGGGCGUUUUCAUUUUAUGCUUUUUCCCGUUUUUCUCAUGGUAUUUAAUUACAAGUAUGUGUAAAGACUUUUGUCCAUACCCACCAAUACUUGGAAAAAUUCUUUUUUGGAUAGGAUAUUCUAAUUCUUGCUUGAAUCCAAUUAUAUAUGCUUAUUAUAAUCGAGAAUUUAGGCAAGCUUUUAAAAGACUGUUAAAAAUGAAGUCUCAAUUUGACUCGUAUAAUUUUAAUCAUUGUUCUUCCGGUGAUACAAAAGACACUGCUAACGUUCCUUUGGUGUACCUUAACGGCAAUGGAGGACCAACGUCAGUGUAGGCAUUGCAUGUAGAAUUGUAAGGAUAGAAUAUGGUAUAAAUACAAUUUCAUGUUUAUGUUACAAAAUCUGGUCUUUAUCUGUCUACGUCUACAGCUACAUGUAGUUUAUUGUUGACAUAUCCUUAAAAGUCAAAUAUAACACGUUUUGGAACCUAAUAAUAUUAAAGAAUGUAUAAACUCUUUAUUCUAAAACAAAAUACAUCCUAAAUCCAGAAAUGUGUACAUCAUUUUUAAAAACGAUAACUAAAUAAGAAAACAGUUCAUAUUACUAGAGAAAAAACUGACAAUUGUGUAGCUCUUAUAUAUAACAACAGUUGCUGGCUGUUGGUAUUCAUCAACAAUCACUACAUUUGGUUUUAAAGAUGAGCCUUCAGAAUAAUUCAGCAAACUUCUUCCGAAGACUCUACAAUAACGUAUCUUGACCGUUUGUAUUUAGAUCACAUUCGAGCUUUAUAUGUAUUGAUAUAUUUAAUGGGACUGUAUCAUAAGUCCAUAACUGCUAUGAGUACAAUUUAGAAAUAUUUAAGUACGUUGUGCAAGUGUAUUUUUUCACAAAAAGAAACAUGAAAUAUGAAUAUCAUUUUGUUGUUGUAUAUUAUGAAUUCAGUACAUGUCUGAUUAUUCCAUGAUAUGAUUACAUGUUCAUGGCAUGACAAACUAUUCAGGGUUGAUAAUGCCAAACUAGAACUAAUUUAUCGGGAAAAUAUUCUACUUAU